UCGUAGGACGUUACGUACGCUUCGUGAGUGGUUACGUCAAGUGUUGUUACUGGGUGAUCCUCUGACUGUAGAAAUAAAGGUUUAUUUUUUAAGAUUGAUUUUUGGCAGAGUUUGUCAUAGUGAAUAUUAAAUAGCAAUGAGCCGCAGUGGUUUUGCAGCCACGUUGAGUAGGCUGUUGCUGCAGAACAGACACGGAAGCCGUGUUCUUAAUCAUGUGGGCAGCUUGACAGCACCGAGACCGUUCUGUUCUGAAAGUGACCCACGGAGUCGAGGCAGGAUCAAACAGGCACUGUCUGGGGUUUCCAGUUUUACUCCUCCAGCAAACUCUAGUCAUGACUGGGUUGGUCCUCCUGAUAGAAUGUCAAAUCUCCGACCAAUCAAAUAUCACAUACCUGAAUAUGAAAGUCCAUUGGAGAGUCGACUUAGGAAGCUGAGACAAGAGACUGAGGACUGGAAUCAUCAGUUUUGGACCAAUCAGAAUAUAUCUUUCAGUAAGGAGAAGGAAGGGUUUAUCUACUCGUGCUUGAAAGAAAAAGGCUUGGAACUGAGAGAUGAAGAUGGUAGAAAAAGGACCUUGAGUGCAGAUGAGAUGGCAGAGUUUUACAAAGAGUUUCUGAACAAGAACUACCAAAAACAUUCUGUCUACAACAAGGAAUGGUAUAUGCGUAAUUUUACCAUCACAUUUCUAAUGGGAAGAGUGGCUUUACUGAAGACUUGGAGAAAGCUGGGAUGGAGACAGCAAGACCCUAAAUUAAAAUGAUGGUUAUUGUUAAAUAAAAUAUGUACAGAAGUUUAUCUGUUGCUUUUUUAUCUUUCAUUUCAGUGUGUAAUUGUUUAUUUUAUUACAGACUGGUACUGACAGCUGAUUGCCUCAGCUAUUGAAGGCAAUCGCUUGUCAGGUUUUGAUGAAACUACUGUAUGCUUGGGAUGUUUCUGGUGUAUUGUUCUUAAGGGGCUUUUCAUGCGGGUUUGUAGUCCUCUUAGCUAACCACACCAUGGAUAAUGUUUGAAAAUAGUUUUGUAUAUACUUUUAAUGUUGCUGCAGAAUUUACAGCAUCCAGGCACUAAAACAUAUAUAAACAGACUUUAUCAGGUUUGUACAAAACAGGUGAUGAAUGCCAAUGUAUCCCUGGCAUUAAUGUGAUCAUCCCUUGUAUUGUAUCUCAGUAAUCCACAUCUUCCUAGCACAUAUGAAAAGCCCCUAUUGUUCCUCUAAAAUCCUUUUUAUUUUCUCCUUGCACCCGUCUGUACGGAAGCAUU